ACCAAAAUUAUGCUGCUUCGUGGAGAACAACCUGCAUCAAGCAGGCAAUUUAUCCAGUGUUCAGGCUUUGCUUCAGAUGAGGUUUCAGUCUUUUUUCGCACGCAUGCGACAGCAAAACAAUCCGUGUAAAUCUGAAUUUCUAUGCGUAAAGAAAUGCCUUAAGUUCUCCUUGCGGUGCUGGAAAAAAGAGCAGGCUGUUGUAAUUACAGUUGCCUUCAGGCAAGUGCCCUUUCACCUUGUUCCAGGCAGAAUAAUCGCAACAGUUGUUUGCUUCAGCAAUCAAUAAGAUUUUUUUUCGUAGUACUAUUUUACUUCGUUGUGCAUCAACGUCUCAUUUAGGCUCACUUUAGGUAGUAUUCUUCAACUACUUUUUGUUUUUCGUAUAUAAAGUAGACUUACCUAGUGCUAGUACUCCACCAACAGGCUUAGACAAAAUGGUGAAGCAGGUCGCUACCAAGGACGAGUUCGACGCGACUCUGAAGGACAACAAGCUGGUCGUGGUCGACUUCACAGCCACCUGGUGUGGUCCGUGUCAGCAGAUUGCUCCGAAGUUUGCCGAACUAGCCGAAAAAUACAGCGAUGUCACGUUUAUUAAGGUACCGUGAAUUAUUAACACAUCUUCAUCUCUCUACCUAUUGAAGAAUCUAGUAGUGUAGAGCUUGAAGAUUUUAGUUUCUUAGUGGGCAACGUAGGUCGUGUAGGUCGAGGUCCGGAGCUAAUGCCAGAUUUUCUUAGUGUCAAAUACCAUGUAGUAAUCAUACUCAUCUGGUCUUUCAUCGUUUCGCCUCGCUUUUGAAGGAGAGCAGUCAUGAUCUAAGCACAUCCUGACUUCAUCUUCGAAAUAUUGUGUGAACGAGGACCUUCAAGUAUUUAUAUGAGAAGAACACAUCAAAAAAAAUUAUCAACAAUGAAAAUGAAUCCGUAAUAUCUUCUUGAAAUAUCUUGUUCAGGUCGACGUCGACGACAACGGCGAUACCGCUGAGGCGUGCGACGUCCAAUGCAUGCCGACUUUCCAGUUUUUCAAAGAAGGCAGCCAGGUCCACAAAAUCGAGGGUGCCAGUGUCGACAAGCUGGUCGCCGCCAUUGAGGAUUUAAAGAAAUAGAUGCUUCAUCCCUGCUUAGACUUCAUUUAAGCACCUCGAGGUGGUUGAUUAUCCUACUUUCACAUUACAAGAACAGGUCUCUUGGAUGGUGAUGAAUUUCCUUCGUUCUCUCAUGUUGAUGACAUAGUCAUAGUUGUUGAAGGAUGAUUCAUCUACCGGACGAGAAGCCUAUCAUGCACGUCUUUUGAUUUUGAAGAAGUCAAGAAGCGGCUGCAGUGAGAUGGACUGCAGUCGUCGAGGAAUCCCCAGUGGCGUGAAAGAUGAGUGGUAUCGACUAGAUGUAGAUCACGAAUAGUCGUAUAACCAGAAGAUCAAGAGCCUUCGUCAUUAUAGCUAACAAGAAUCAAGCAUAAUCUAAGUUGUCACUGUCUCACUAGAAGUUGUCAUGAAACAGAUGGUCGUGCUUCUUUCAGGGCUCACCACGACUAUUUCAAUCAUGUUGGUAUUGUCUCGCAGCCACAUGAUCAACAAAACCCAUCAUUGUCAGACAUGGAGAUAAUGAUAACUACUGCCUCCGACUUUUAUUCAAGCAGGAUAAGAUUUGUUACCACGAUGCGAUGACGUCGAACUGAAAAUUACCCUCCUGCGUCAAGUGAGGUCUCCCCUCUUCAGCCAAGUUUUUUAUUGCGACGUGUUGCAAUAGAAUCCAAGACCAUGACCAAGACGUCAGAGUCAGUGCCAAUCAAGUUCCAGAUCCG